AUGAAUGAGCCUAAGAGAAGCACAGCCUAUGUAGCCGACCAAACGAAGAACGACCUACUCAGCGAUCACGAUUUAUAUCAAGAUUGGUACAGGUUUGUCAGUGCCGCAGGCGGUGAAAUGACGACCUGGUCAGACGUACCAAGAUAUAUUCCCGGGACAGAGAUACCAUUAUAUCUAAACGGCACGCACCCGUCCGUUGAAGACGGCGUCGUAAGCCGAACGGUGUGUGGAAAUUACGUGGACAGUCUUAUGUGCCAUAAACAGUACGUGAUACAAAUUAAAAACUGUUCAUCAUACUACGUAUAUUUUCUGACAAGACCAACGGGAUUAGCAGAAGCUUAUUGCGCAGGUACUGAACUACAGUGUCAGUCUGGGUACAUCUCUGUUAACGGCAACUUCACUCCUGGCUGUGAAGAUUUAAACGAAUGUAUUACGAGUUACCACUCCUGUGAACAUACCUGUGUAAACACCAAUGGUUCGUACUACUGCGACUGCGUGGAUGGAUAUACGCUGGAUUUCAAUAGUUGGUGGUGUUCGCCGACAACGACUAUGUCAACAAACAUGACACCUGUUUUUACCACUUCCACGAGCUCGACUGUUGAAUCGUACAUGUCUAUAUAA